AUGAGCGGGAUUUCUAUCAUCGACGAAGAGCCGAUAUCGUUGGAAGAGGCGGCGCUGUCUGCGCAUGCGAUGGCACAGCCGAGCCGUAAAAGUUACGUGCAUGGCUGCUCUCAGAUACCGUUGUUGUUCGAGACAGUCGGCGAUCGCCUACGCAGUGCCGUGGAUCAGACCCCAAACAAGGAGUUUGUGAUCUUCAAGCGGGAGAACAUUCGCCGCACAUAUCAUCAGCUAUUAAAGGACGCUGAACGCCUCGCUUGUGGUUUAAUACAUCUCGGAGUGGAAAAAGGUGAUCGUGUCGGUAUAUGGGGACCGAACACCUACGAAUGGGUGACCGCACAAUUCGCCACCGCAUUGGGUGGUAUGGUGUUGGUCAACAUCAAUCCCUCAUAUCAAUCGGAGGAACUUCGCUUUGCCCUCGGCAAAGUGGAUAUCAGGGCUCUCAUCACACCGCCAGGAUUUAAAAGAUCAAACUACUACCAAAGUGUCAAGGAUGUGAUCCCUGAGAUAGGUCUAAAGCCGCCUGGCCGUAGCGAUGUGUCAUCGCCGUGUUUCCCUGUAUUUCGACACUUGAUCAUUUUUGGAGAUCCAGAAGACAAACCGUACCCUGGAGCUUGGAAAUACAGCGACGUGAUGAAAAUGGGCACUGAAGACGAUCGAUUAAAAUUGUCGAAAACCGAACGUGAAAUCCAGCCGGACGAUCCUAUAAAUAUUCAGUACACAAGCGGCACCACCGGGCAACCGAAAGGCGCCACACUUACUCAUCAUAAUGUGCUGAAUAAUGCAUUUUUCAUAGGGAUUCGUGCCGGUUACCAUGAACAGAAAACCAUCAUUUGCAUUCCAAAUCCACUAUACCAUUGUUUCGGAUGUGUAAUGGGAGUGUUGUCCGCUUUAACUCAUCUACAAACCUGCGUAUUUCCGGCGCCCAGCUUUGAAGCGCUUGCUGCUCUUCAGGCGAUCGAUGAGGAAGGAUGUACAGCCUUAUACGGGACACCAACAAUGUUUAUCGAUAUGUUAAAUCAUCCCGAUUAUCACAAAUAUAACUACGACAGUAUUCGAUCGGGAUUCAUUGCCGGCGCACCAUGUCCGAUCACUCUUUGCCGGCGUCUCGUGAAUGAAAUGCAUAUGACGGAUAUGCAAGUGUGCUACGGUACUACCGAGACAUCUCCUGUCUCAUUUAUGUCAAUUCGUGAUGAUCCACCAGAGCAGCGGAUCAAGAGCGUUGGACAUAUUAUGGACCAUUUAGAGGCUGCAAUAGUCGACAAAUACGGUCGAAUACUACCUCGUGGUGAGAAGGGUGAAGUGAUAGUACGCGGCUAUUCCGUGAUGCGAUGCUAUUGGAAUAGUGAGGAGCAGACAAAAAAGGAGAUCACCGAGGAUCGGUGGUAUCAUACGGGUGACAUCGCUGUGAUGCAUGAUAAUGGUACGAUCUCGAUUGUUGGCCGCUCGAAGGACAUGAUCGUUCGAGGCGGCGAAAAUAUCUAUCCAACCGAAGUAGAACAGUUCCUCUUUAAACAUCCGAAAAUUGAGGAUGCACAUAUUGUUGGCGUGCCUGAUGAACGAUACGGUGAAUCGGUAUGCGCCUGGAUUCGACUACACGAAUCCGCCGUCGGUGUGAUUACCGAAGAACAGAUCAAGAACUGGUGCAAAGGAAAGAUCGCUCACUUCAAAAUCCCACGCUACAUCCUGUUCAAGAAAGAACACGAGUUCCCGUUGACCGUGACGGGAAAAGUGAAAAAGUUUGAAAUUCGAGAACAAUCGAAGAUAGAACUCGGUCUACAACAGUUAAGGAAAUGGUUCAUUCAACAUAUCUCUGGAGUAUCCGUCGAAGUCUGUAACCAUCAUUCAUGCCUCAAAUCUAUACGCGUUAUGCGUUAUCGACUAUAA